AUGGAUGGAAAGCUGGAGCGAGCCGAGCAACUCUAUGCCAGCAUGCUUGCCGACGACAACCACGAAUACACCAGGGACGCUCUGGAUUCCAGUUUUGCUGUAUGGCGCCGCGAAGUAUCUAUUCAUAAUAAUAAGUACACCAGCGAUCAGAAAGACAGAAUGGCCGACCUGACCUUGAUCCCAUUAUUCCUAAAGUUGGUCGAAACCGAGUUCGACAAGCACUUCAACAAAGAGGGCACGUCGCAGGAGCUGGCGGCCGCGGGCAGCGAGCGCGGCUCGCAGCUGCCCGUCCGCGGCAGCACGACGGUCGUCGCCAAGGGCCCGAAGAAGAACUGCUGCAUCGCAUCCGUCGAGUCGAUGAAGAAGAGGCUGGAGGCCCCGUGCAGGAGGCUCAACAAGAACAGGUUCUUCCAGGGCGUCAUGUUCGCCGCCCUCCUCGGGGCGCUCUUCCUCCCAG